GACAGCUUGAAAAAUUAAUAAAUUCUUUUUCAACUAAUCGAUACAAAAGAAGUAAUGUUUACUUAUGUAGUAAGUGAAAGUAAAAACUAACAAGAGAUUGGCAGACGAAACUAAGGGAGGCGGGGAACUCGAAGCAACGAGGAUAUUCAUGAAUAAGAAUUUUAAAAUCUCAGUUGAUCGGUUUACGAGCAUAGCAUCGUAUUACAUUUUCAAACUUAACCUCAAUUUUGUAAAAGGAAAUCACAUUGUUGUCUUGGCGGUGCAUGGAACACUCUCCGAAUUGUUCAACGGACCUUUUAUAAAAUAUUUCACAAUAUUUCCACGGAAACAAUCUACAUCAUUGAUUGUUAAAUAUUUUAUUUUCUAAAUUUGUUAACAUUUGUCAUGGACAAAAUGAGAAAAACGUCUACGGAGGAGAGCCUGAACUUCAUCAGGCAAUCAUUAAAAUCGGAGGAAAUGGAUCACCUGGAGGGAACGCAUUUCGAAGAAUCGUGGCCCCACGUAUUCGUCACACUCGGAGCAUCGGGUGAUUUGGCGAAGAAGAAGAUCUACCCGACGCUAUGGUGGCUGUUCAGGGACAAUCUUUUACCAAAAACCACUACUUUCUUCGGUUACGCACGAACUAAUAUGACGGUAAAGCAACUGCGAGAAAAGUGUCACCAAUAUAUGAACGUAAAGCCAGAUCAGGAAGAGAGGUACGAGGAGUUCUGGAGGUUAAAUCAUUACGUGUCUGGCAUGUACGACUCGCAAAAAGGGUUCGAAGUGCUGAACGAGGAGCUGAAGAAACACGAGAAAGGAUACAAGAACACUAACAGACUGUUUUACUUAGCCUUACCGCCGAGUGUCUUUGAAAACGUUACUGUACACAUCAGAAAUGUCUGUAUGGGUGAAAGUGGCUGGACCAGAGUGAUUAUAGAGAAGCCAUUCGGUCGAGAUGCGAUCACAUCACAGCAGUUAUCCGAUCAUUUAGCCUCGCUGUUCACCGAAGAACAGAUAUACCGUAUUGAUCACUACCUGGGAAAGGAGAUGGUUCAAAAUUUGAUGACUCUUCGGUUCGGUAAUCGAAUAUUCAAUCCCACAUGGAACAGGGAGAAUGUAGCGUCCGUGCAGAUUACGUUCAAAGAACCAUUCGGGACGCAGGGAAGAGGUGGAUACUUCGACGAAUUCGGAAUUAUCAGAGACGUGAUGCAGAAUCAUUUGUUGCAAAUUUUAUCGUUGGUCGCUAUGGAGAAACCGGCGUCUUGCCAUCCGGAUGAUAUUCGAGACGAGAAGGUGAAGGUUUUGAAAUGUAUGAAACCUUUGGAACUGGAGAAUGUUGUACUGGGGCAAUAUGUUGGAAAUCCUGAAGCUAGUGAUCCUGAAGCACGUCUGGGUUAUUUGGAUGAUCCCACUGUGCCAGCUGGCUCUAAUACUCCUACGUAUGCUAUGGCUGUGUUGAAGAUUAAUAACGAACGAUGGGAUGGUGUUCCUUUUAUUCUUAGAUGUGGAAAAGCGUUGAAUGAACGUAAGGCAGAAGUUAGAAUACAAUAUCAGGAUGUACCGGGCGACAUAUUCGAUGGGAAAGCAAAGAGAAAUGAAUUGGUAAUUAGAGUACAGCCCGGUGAAGCAUUAUACAUUAAAAUGAUGACGAAAUCGCCUGGUAUUACGUUUGAUAUGGAGGAAACGGAACUAGAUCUUACAUAUGGUCAUAGAUACAAGGAUCUUAAACUUCCCGACGCAUACGAACGUUUAAUCUUGGAUGUAUUUUGCGGCUCGCAAAUGCAUUUUGUGCGAAGUGACGAACUUUCUGAAGCUUGGAGAAUCUUUACGCCUUUACUACAUAGAAUUGAGAAUGAAAAGAUUCAACCUAUUCCUUACACGUAUGGUUCACGUGGACCGAAAGAAGCUGAUAAAAUGGCGCGGACAAACAACUUUGUAUACUCUGGCUCGUACAAAUGGAUAAAACCGUAAUCAUGGCAAUUCCGUAAUAACUAAAUGAUGUGCAUCGAAUAUACAAACCGCAAGAAUCCAUGUUACACUUCUUCAUCUGUGAUCAUAGCAUUCCAUAUUUUUUAUACCGAUAUACAAAGAAUCCUCUAAAAUUUUAUAGGCAUAUACAAGUAAUUUAUACGAUUAAUUUAUUGAACAAUUUAAUUCUGCCACUUUUUGAAACAAUUUUGAAAGUACAAAGCACGUUUUACUGGUUAAAAUGUGUCAAUCGAAUAAUAUACAUACAAGGACGUUUAACAGAACUCAGUGUGCAUAAUUAUAAAUACUUCUGGAUAAAAUGUGAUUGUUGCAUUUGAUUACUUACAUCGUCUCAGGAAAUUACCGUAUAAGAUAAUGUAAAAUAUUUUAAGUGUAUAUAUUUGUACAGUGUACAGAUAAAUUUGUAGAUAGAGCGUUGAGAUAUUUUGCAAACCAUUUAAAAAUUACAACUUAUAUGUAGAUCAUUGUUUUUAUUUGCUUUUGACGGUUUAAACAUGAUGCCAAUCACAUGAAAUACUUUGUACAGUAGAAGAAAUAACAUAAAUUAUGCGAUAUUUUGCUGGAACUAUUUAAAUAUACGUUACAAUACAUUACAAUAAAUAAAUAAGAGAAAGUUGAAUUAUUCAGUUUAUAAUUCACACAAUCUACACUUUACGUUUAUGUUUUUUAAAUGAAAUAAUGUCAUGAUAGGAUAGGCACCAAACGAGUGCUUCAUUGAUUCUUGCGUAAUAAUUUUUUUUGUACGACUUGUUCAAUUAUUCAGCUCUCUCACCCACUUUUAUACACACACACACAUGCACGCAUUCAUACAUAUAUAAAGAGACCAACUACACUUAGCAUACAAGUCACACGCAUUUCUGCCAUAUUGAAUAAUAAACAAAAGGUACUUAAUUUAUAAAAUUAGUAAAUUUUUCCUUAAAAAUGCAGUUUCGAAAUAAAUGAAUAUACAUUGUACACGUUAACAUUUAUAUGUUUGUAAAUACCAUUAUAUCACGAUAAAUAUUAUCAUUGUCGUAAUGAAAAAGGGUACAUAUAAAAAUUAUACAAAAUACGGGAAGUUCGAGUUGGUAUGCGAUUCGUAGUUUUCUUGUUACAUUAUUAAAAAUUAAUUUACAGCAACUAAGACGGUUAGAGUAUUAACAAUAUGAACGAUACAUUCGAAUAAAUUUAUCUUAGUUCUUCGUAAUGACACAAGAGACGAUUAUAUAUAUAUAUUUUCUUACAACUCUAUAAUAGUAAUAGUAAAAUAUUGCUAGAAGCAAUAGAUAUUUCACAAAUUAAAUACACACAAACAAAUGUAAAAAAGGGCGAAACAUGACACAGUAUCUUAUAAAUUAUCUUUGAAAAGUCGUUAGUCUUUCCGUUGAACAUUCGUUAGAUUUAGGACCUUUCGCUGCUCAAA